AUGGUGUCCAGGUCGGGGAGUGUCCGGCGUGCGUACCGGGUGCCACGCUCCUUCAUGGAACGGGCCACGGUCACUGCCACGCUGGUAGUGUGGGGAGCGUUCUUCAUGGUGUUGGCCGUGCGCCAGCCGCGGCCGCCGCCGAUGCCAGAGCCGGUCAGCCUCGAGCCGGGCGCCAUCCCGGACGAGGUGCCCUACAUCCCGGCCGAGGACCCGUCCUUUGUCACCGACGACAUCUGGGGAGAAGUCGGCGCCGACCAGGCGCAGCCGGCCAAGCCGGCGGCGGCAUUGGCACAACCGGCAAAUGCACCAGCACAGCCUGCGGCGGCGCCGCUGCCGUCGCCGCCCCCCUCGGUGCCUCCCGGCAGCUCUACUGGUCUCAGCUGUUUCACGGCCCGCUCUUCUGCCAGCCAGCGGAGCUUCUCGGAGCCGGAGAAGAGUGUGUUCCGUCGGCUUUUCGACUGGGCUGAGAAGCCCACCGGCUCCUGUAAACGGCUGCUGAAGUUCGGCGGCGCGGUCACGUCGGCCGGCUGUCUGAAGCUGGGCGACCGGUUCGCCUGUCUGGACCCGCCCAUGCGGCUGGCCACCUCCAAACAGUGUCUGGUCUAUGCGUUCAGCGUGCAGGCCGAGUGGAGCUUCGCUGAGGCCAUGGUGCAGCUGGGCUGCGAGGUGCACGCCUUCAGCCCGCGUCUGGACCUGCCGAAGCAGCAUCAGCCGGCCGGCGUCACCUUCCACCAGAUCGGCGUCGGGCGCAAUAACCACACCAACGUCAACGGGUGGCACAUCCACACGCUGGACCAGGUGGUGCGCAUGCUGGGCCACAUCGGCCGGCCUAUCAGCUACCUCCAGCUGGACAUCGAGGGCAGCGAGCUGGACAUGCUGUCGCAGCAGCUGCUGGACGGCAGCGGCGAGUUCGUGCUGGAUGCGGUGGAGCAGAUCGGACUGGACGUCCACCUGCGGCUCGACCCGCGGCCGGAGAUGGACUUCUAUCGGACUGCGAGCCGGGCAGUCGGGCUGCUGCGGCGGGUCGGCUUCAACGUGGUCCAGUGGGACUACAACAAGGUGGCGAGGCAGCGGUUCAUGUUCCCGGGCGUGGAGCGGCCCGUCAGCCUGCUGUACGAGAUCCUGCUGGUCAAGAACGGACCGGACACCUGGGACAGGUCAACCCGAGGUCAAAAGUCCGCCGCUAAGCCAGACGUGACGGCGAACCUGGUGCAAACGUAGCUGGCGGAUUGCAUGGGACGCUGUUGCAAAAUUGAAGAUUCCUUGCGGAGAUCCCGGAGAUGCAGGGUGGAUGCUACGCUUCUAUGAAAUCAUAGCUUUGAUGCUACGCUAUGAGCAGGACAGUGGUAGGUAGGAGAUGAUCAUGAGGAAGAGUACACAUGCCGUGCGAGGGUCGUUUGCAUCUUGAGAGUGUAUGCAUGCAAACUUAUGCCUCACAAAGGAAUC